UUCGUCACCCCGAGCAGAACUCACUCUAAAAAGACCAAGAAGAGUGCCGGAUCCUUGCUGACUUGCUGUUAUACACCUUUCGUGGUUUUGCACAUCUUCAGGCUCUCACUCUUGAAAGAAUGCUUAUCUGUUCUCUGCUUUUACUAGCAAUCUCGAUUACUUCGUCGUUUGCGGAAGAAUCAUCUGCCAAUGAUGCAGCGUCCGCGAAACGAGCGCCCAUGGGGUUUCAGGGAAUGCGGGGAAAAAAGGAUCUAUCUGCGUCUUCGGAACGUGAUGAGCUUUCUAAAACAGACUUAUUGGAUGUUCAGCCCACGCAAGAUAAAGAUGAUUUAAACAAUCUCGAAGACAAUCUUUUCUUACACGACGAAUUCGAAAAACGAGUACCGAUGGGGUUUCAAGGUAUGAGAGGAAAAAAGGAUUAUUUUAUGCCCGAUUUCGAAGAUUCUUACGUUCGUGAAGAUUAUGAGAAGAGAGCACCGAUGGGAUUUCAAGGGAUGAGGGGAAAGAAAUCACUGGAAGAGAUACUGAGAGAAAUUGAAAAGAAGGCUGCGAUAAGCUUUCACGACACGAGGGAGAAAAAGCCGUACGCUUACAGCUAUCCGCAAGGUUACGAAAAAAGACUUUUUGAAAUGAAUUUCCAAGGUGCGCGCAGCAGCAAAGAAGAACUUCCGGCGGAUUGGGAGAAGAGAGCUCCCAUGGGAUUUCAAGGAAUGAGGGGCAAGAAAGCGCUGCUCGAAGAACUCGAAAAACGUGCUGUCAUGGGUUUUCAGGGCAUGAGAGGCAAAAAAGACACUUUUGAAAAUUAUGUGGAUUAUUACAUGGAACCUUCGAGCUUGGAUAAAAGAGCAUUGAUGAGUUUUCAAGGUAUGAGAGGAAAAAAAGACUAUGACAAAAGAGCGCCAAUGGGUUUCCAAGGAAUGAGAGGCAAGAGGAAUGGUGGACCGAGAUUUGCGACCGGCAUGGACUUCGAGCCGCGAUUAUCGAACGAAUUUCAAGGAAUGGGCGAAAGCAGAAGAAAUGCUCUAGCCCCGUGCCAGGUCGAAAAGCGAUCACCCAUGCGAUAUUUCGAGAUACGCGGUAAGAAAAUUCCACGAUGGGAGUUACGGGGGAUGUUUGUGGGGGUGAGAGGCAAAAAAUGGGCGACAGCCCCGUACAAGGACGACAGCCCGUACGUAAACGUGUUCGAUAACAUCGAAAGGAUCGCCGCGGAUGGAGAUUCGCCGGCAACAUUAGAUUCACAAUAAUGCUACAGUCAAUAGAAAGCUGUCUCCUCAAAAUAAGUAAACCGAUGUAGCUGAAUCUAAAACUGAAGAGAGAUAAACGCGCGUUUAUCAGUUACGAUAACAGAUGUAAAACUAAACUAUUGUCUGUUAAUUUAUCAGUUAAAUUCUAUUAAUUAAUGAUUUGUUAUUUUACAUAUCACGUAGACUAAUAUAGGCCGUAUCGUAUUGUAUUUUGCAAUAUAAUUAGCGAGAUUCAAGCCGGAAAAAUGUAUCUUUUGCCACACUUUACGAUGAUUGUUACAUGCCAGCGAAGUCUUUCAAAAUGCCUAUAUCAGUAUUAUUGUUAUUUCGUACAGAGUGACUUAUAAAAAAUAAACAAUAAAUAAUAAUGACGUAUAUUUUUAAAAGAAUUUGAGAAAAAGACUAUUUCUUAACAAAAAUUAUACAUUAAACUCUAUUCUGUUCAAGAAGUCUUUUAACAAUACUUAUAUUGGCAAAAUUAAAUGACGGACUAAUUUUUGCGCUAAAAGUACUAAACUUAUUGACUCUCAAUUAGUAAUCUGCAAAACGCAAGACUUUAUCUAUUUAAAUGUUAAAUUAGUUUUAUCUGAAAUAUUUAAAUCAUUAUCUAUAAAUAGUAAACAACUCUGUAUUAUAUAACAUAUCAUGUAAUUUCAAAGUUAAGAAAAAGUCGACUCAAGAUUUGCAAAAAAAAUGUAUUUGUGUUAUUAAGUUUUAAUAAAACACUCUGUAAAUUUAUGAGACAGAAUUUAUAUAUUCUAUUUUUGAUUUAGAAAUACACGUAUAUAACGGCGCGGUAUAAUAAAGUAAUUUCACGUCCUCAAAUUCGAGAAAUAAAAAAUAUCAAGAAAAGCAGGUAUAAGCUAAGAUUGAAUAAUGUUAUAAAUAUAUCUUUAGCAUAUUAUAUAUUAUAUACGUUUCUUCGCGUGAGACAUAUAGAUAAGAAUUAUAUUUUUCUCUGAAUGUAUAUGUUAAUCAAGAAUUUUAU